CGGGUGGGAUGGUGGGGGGAGGCGGGAGUAUUCCGAAGUGUCCCGCUCCCUCAAUAGGGCCUAAUAGUCCCCAGCUGGAGAGCUGCGAGUGUAGCUGGGAGGCUAUCAAGCCCCUUGGGUAAAUGGAAACGGCCAAUUCGGCCCCGGCGUCCGCGUCUUCUUCUGAGCUCGAGAUGGCGGUCUCUCCCUUAGCCUCGGGGGUCCUGUGCAUGGAGAAUGGCCCCUGCGACCUCACCAUCCUCCAUUUUAAUGAUGUUUACGACGUAGACUCGAGAGUCGAGGAGCCCGUCGGUGGGGCCGCCAGAUUUGCAACAGCUGUGAAAAAGUUCAGUUUCCUGAAUCCACUUUUAAUUUUUAGUGGAGACUGCUUAAAUCCUUCAGUAUUAAGUACAGUAACAAAAGGAAAACACAUGAUUCCUAUUUUAAAUGAAUUGGGAGUACAGUUUGCUGUAUUUGGAAACCAUGAAUUUGAUUUUGGUGUGGAUAUUUUGGAAGAAUACAAACGACAAAUGCAUUUCCCAUGGUUUCUCAGCAAUGUAUAUGACAAAUUUACUUCAGAACCUCUUGGACAUGGCACAGUUAAAAAAUUAGUUAGUUGGAACAAUAUAACAAUUGGCUUGAUGGGACUAGUGGAAGAAGACUGGUUAGAUAUAUUAGCUACAGUUAGCAAAUCAAAUCUAAACUAUAAAGACUAUGUUGAAGUUGCUAAUCAAAUAUCUAUAGAACUUAAAGAAGAGGGAGCAGAUCUUAUCAUCGCAAUUACACACAUGAAAUGGAUAAAUGAUACACGACUUGCCCAAAAAGCUCAAGGAAUAGAUCUAAUUCUAGGAGGCCAUGACCAUGAAUAUGGAAUCAAGAGAGUUAAUGACAUAUGGAUUGUGAAAAGUGGUUCUGAUUUUAGGAACCUGACAAAGAUAAAUAUAAGACGUUUUGGUGCAUCUUUUCGAUAUAUAUUUGAGAAAUUGGACAUUGUGAAUCAUUUGGAAGAAGAUCCAUGUAUUAAAGCUAUAGUAAAAGAUUAUACCCAAAACCUACAGUGUAUGUUAAAAGAAGUUCUCUGUCCAAUUGACAUGGAAUUAGAUGGACGUGCAGUUACUGUAAGAAGAUCAGAAAGCAAUCUGGGAAAUCUAGUAACUAAUGCAAUGUUGGAAGCUACUCGUGCUGAUGUAGCACUACUUAAUUCAGGUACUCUUCGUUCUGAUCGAAUUCAUCCAGCAGGGGAUUUCACUUUGCAUGAUCUUUUGGCUAUACUUCCUAUAGUGGACCCAGUUCUAGUUGUCAGAAUAACAGGUGCACAGCUUCUUGAAGCACUUGAAAAUGGGGUUUACAAAUACCCGGAUCUUGAUGGGAGAUUUCCUCAGGUUGCAGGAAUGGAAUUUGGAUUUGAUCCAGAUGCAGAACCAGGACAACGAAUUAUACGAGAUACUGUAAAAAUUCAAGGACAAUAUUUAAGGAAAAAAAAAGUGUAUCUUCUUGCUAUUAAAGAGUACAUUGCAAAUGGGAAGGAUGGUUAUAUAAUGUUUAAAAGCUGUCCUCGAAUGUUUGAUACAGAAACUGCACAGACACUUUCUACAGUGGUUCUGAAUCACUUUGAAUCAGUCAAAAUUGUGCAGGGUAGGAAGCAGUGCCUUUCAGGCCAUCGAAUGAGCUUAAUUACUAUGUCCAAAUCAGCAUCAUAUACAGCCUUUGAAGAAAAAGCAGAUAAAAAAACAACAGUAAUGCCAGUACCUGGUAUAGAAGGAAGGAUUUGCCAUAUUUCUCAGGAUAUGAAAGAACAUUUACGGCAACUUAGAACAGCAAGAAAACAAGGAUUAAGAACAUAUCCCACAAUUAAUGACAGUACUUGUGAAAAUUCUGAUUCUGACUGAAAUACUAUUGGAGUCUAACACAGCCUAAUAUUUGAAGCCUAAUUACAGAAAAUUUUGCCAAUUAAUGGCAGAAUAUAUUACACUUAAUAUAUCAUCUUAGUAUAUUCAGGUUUAAUAAUAGCAUGUUUAAUGCAUCUAGAUUUUUUAAAUUGUUUAAAUGUGAUUUUUAUCUUACUGUAUCACUCUGAAAGUUUUUGUUUCUGUUCACCCUAUAUUUUAUCAAGACAAGUAUGUGAACUAUUGUAUCUUAAAUGUGUCAUUUGGGAGAAUACGUAUAUAUUUUGUGCAGAAUGUUCUGUUGUAUUUACCUUAAAUGAAUGAAUUUCAUACUGUUAUUUUCCAUAUUAAAUGAUUAUUU